AACUCAACCAUGGUUUGGCCUUUUUAUGUUUUUUUUUGUUAGUUCUAAAACUCAUUACUCUCAUCUUAACUUAACCCCAAUUCCCAUGGCUUCCUUUACUCAAAUGCCUUUCUAUAUUUGAAGUUUCCAAACCCACACAAACAAGUGAGCUGAACUGUUAGCUUUCUUGAGAAACUAACAACACCUCACUCACCCACCUCUCCAGUCUCCCUCUCUCACACACACUUUCCCAGAUCAUACCUUUGCUUUCGUUUCAAGAAAUCAAUCGAUCAAAGAUUUAAUAUUUUCAUCACCACCAUCAUAUCAUUAUUAUCUUCUUUCUUAUUUUCUUUCUUAAUAGCAUAUUGAUUUAAAAACUAUAUAAUAAUAUAUUUAUAAGCAUGAGCUGCAAUGGUUGCCGAGUCCUCCGGAAGGGGUGCGGUGAGUCGUGUGUACUGAGGUCUUGCCUACACUGGAUCGAAUCCCCCGAAGCCCAAGGCAACGCCACCUUGUUCCUUGCCAAGUUUUUCGGCCGUAGUGACCUCAUGUCCUUCAUCUCCGCCGUUCCCGACCACCACCGUCCUGCGUUGUUCCAAUCGUUGCUGUUCGAGGCGUGUGGGCGCACGGUGAAUCCGGUGAACGGAGCAGUGGGGCUUCUAUCGAGCGGGAACUGGCACGUGUGUCAAGCGGCGGUGGAGACGGUUCUGUGCGGAGGCGUUUUGCGACCUAUGCAAGGGGUUUUGAUGCAGAAACUCGAAGAAUCUUCCGAUAUGCUGGCGGUGGCAGCGGACACAUCAUCCUGGCCGUCGAGUUCCUACCAUUACUUUCCAUCGCUGCCGUCAAUUUACGAUCCGAGGCAGGAGCUGUACUACUCCGGAGCCAGAGGAAGUAGUGGUAUCUUCCCGAUGUCGACGGAGAAGCUUAUUCGGCGAGACUCAAUUUCACGUAGCUCGGAAGAAUCGGUAAUGACCAAGAGCUUCGGAAUUCGUGAUCGCAAGGAACAGAAGCUCUUAAAUCUCUUUGUAUGAAUAUUUAUAUUUAUAUAGAGAAUUUUGGUUGAGAUAUUAGAAUAUGAUAAUUAGAAGUGCUCAGUUGAAGAAGAACUUCAUUACGCCUAAGUGAAUAAGGAGUUAAUGUAUGGCUUAACUUAACAGAUAACCAGAGAAGAAGAACCUUCUCUUGCCGGGAUUUUUAAUCCUCCAGCGACAUUUCCCUUUUCCCUUUUUUCUUUUUAUUAUAUGUUUAAUUUCUUC